UGUCAAUCAAAUUAGCUUCAUGUCAUGGCCUCUUCACUUCUUGUAAGUGAUUCUGAUUGACUACAGCUGUUGACUUCUCAUGAGCCCAUUUAAAUAGGGCUCAUUUGACCCAGUGAUUAGACUCAGCUACAAAAGCUACAAUGGGAAAGUCAAAGGAACUCGGUGUGGAUCUGAAAAAGCGAAUUAUUGACUUGAACAAGUCAGGGAAGUCACUUGGAGCCAUUUCAAAGCAGCUACAGGUCCCAAGAGCAACUGUGCAGACAAUUAUACGCAAGUAUAAAGUGCAUGGAACAGUUGUGUCACUGCCACGAUCAGGAAGAAAACGCAAGCUAUCACAUGCUGCCGAGAGGAGAUUGGUCAGGAUGGUCAAGAGUCAACCAAGAAUCACCAAGAAGCAGGUCUGCAAGGAUUUGGAAGCUGAUGGAACACAGGUGUCAGUCUCCACAGUCAAGCGUGUUUUACAUCGCCAUGGACUGAGAGGCUGCCGUGCAAGAAAGAAGCCCUUGCUCCAGAAAAGGCACCUUAAGACUCGGCUGAAGUUUGCUGCUGAUCACAUGGACAAAGAUAAAACCUUCUGGAGGAAAGUUCUCUGGUCAGACGAAACAAAAAUUGAGCUGUUUGGCCACAACACCCAGCAAUAUGUUUGGAGGAGAAAAGGAAUGGCACUGACUGGGAAUGGAGUUUUUUUCCUGAUGCUUACGAGCUUACUAUGGUCAUUUCCACUUCCUGGUGACUGUCUAAACAGUAGUAAAAUCUUGGUAGUUCCUGUUGACGGCAGUCAUUGGGUUAAUAUGGAGAUCAUCCUGAAAGAACUGCAUUCCCGUGGCCACAACUUCACUGUGAUGAACUCGGCCAAAAGUUGGUACAUCCCAGAUAAAUCUCAGAUCUACACCACCAUCCCUAUGAAGUCACUUCAGGAUUACAUAGACCAAAACUACUAUGAAAAAAUGCUGAGGAGAAAUCUAGACUUCAGUAGAAAUUGGCCUUUGUUCACCUCCAUCUUACAACAAUGGGAUCUCACUCACCUGUUAGGAAAUGGCAAUGUUCAUCUCGCCAAUGCAGCUAUGUCAAUGUUUGAAGACAAGGCCUACAUGGCACAACUCAAAGAAACCAAGUAUGACAUGAUGUUAACUGACCCAGCUUUUCCUAUUGGAUUGCUUAUAGGCCGCUACCUUAAGAUACCUAUGGUAUUUAACGUCCGUUGGAUCAACAAUGGGGAUAGCCAUUUUGCCUUUGCCCCUUCCCCGGUUUCUUACAUUCCACUAAGUGGAUCUCACCUCCCAGACCAAAUGACGUUUUCAGAGCGGAUUAAAAACAUGCUUUUCUAUUUCACCUCUCUCAUUCAGCAACACUUCUUCAUCGAUCCUCCUUACAGGAAAUUACUUGACCUCUACUUCCCACCAGGCUCCACCAUGCUGGGCCUGCAGCAAGCUGCAGAUUUGUGGUUGGUGCGUUCAGACUUUGUCUUUGAGUUCCCACGUCCCACAAUGCCCAAUGUGGCCUAUAUUGGAGGUUUUCAAUGCAAACCAGCAAAGCACUUGCCCCCAGAUAUGGAAGACUUUAUGCAGAGCUCAGGAGAACAUGGAGUGGUGAUUAUGUCAUUGGGGACUAUCAUUGCAGCCCUCCCGAAAGAGAUCACAGAGGUUAUUGCUGCAGCCUUUGCUGAGCUUCCUCAGAAGGUCAUUUGGAAAUACCUCGGUGAUGCACCCUCAACUCUUGGAAACAACACUUUGUUAGUAAAAUGGUUUCCUCAGAAUGACCUCCUAGGCCACCCCAAGACCCGUGCCUUUGUGUCCCACAGUGGAACCAAUGGCCUGUAUGAAGCAAUCUACCAUGGUGUCCCUGUUUUGGGUUUGCCUCUUCUUUUCGACCAGUUUGACAAUGCCCUAAAGCUGAAGGCUCGAGGGGCAGCUCGAGUUCUAGAGGUGGCGACACUCACUAAGGACGAACUCCUUGAAGCCUUGAAAGAUCUAUUGGAAAACCGAACAUACAAAAAGAACAUACAGAGGCUUUCAAAGCUGCACCAUGACCAACCUGUGACUGCAUUGGACAGCGCCACCUUCUGGAUUGAGUAUGUCCUUAGACACAAAGGUGCUCCACACCUGCGCACUAAGGCCUACACCAUGCCGUGGUACUCUUACUACAGUGUAGAUGUGGCAGUGUUGCUUUUGAGUAUUGUUGUAGCUUUUAUCUGGAUCUCAGUGUGUGUCUUCAAGAUGCUCUAUCACAAGAUUUUUCACAGGAAGAGAAAACAGGAGUAAAGCUGCCUUAGAAAUCUUUUUAACACAAUCAGAGCUCAAAAGAAGAUGGCUGAAACAUCUGUGAUAUGCUAUGGACAAAGUACCACAGCACUCCUCUGAACCGGUCUAAAUAACCUUUCUUUAAAAUGAUGAAGAGUCACUGCCCCAUUGCCUCAGCCCUGUAUACCUAUAGCUGCAACAUGGAAUUUAAAGCAAAUUAAACUCUCACAAACAUGUUAA